CACGGCGGGUGGUACGACCGCAAACAGAUAGGGGUCUUCAAGAAGUUGGUAGACAUUAAUUUUCUGUGUGCAAUGGGGCCGCCAGGGGGAGGCAGGAAUCCCGUUUCCCCCCGACUGACUCGCCAUUUCAACUUCUUGUCCUUCACGGAGAUGGCCGACAGCAGCAAAAGCCGAAUCUUCUCCAGUAUCCUGGGAAGCUGGAUGGCUGGUGUACCGACUGUCCAACAACUCACCAAGCAGUUAGUUGAUGCAACAAUAAAAGUCUACAAUACAAUCACUUCACAGUUGCUCCCCACUCCAGCAAAAUCCCACUACACCUUCAAUCUGCGAGACCUGUCCAAGGUGUUCCAG